AUGAAAACAGAACAAUUAAGGAAUUCGCUGCCAGAAGAACACAGACUGAAGGAUCAAGUAGCUGGCGGCACUCCAUAUAUGUUUAUUCUUAUAUUUUUCACAUCUGAAAUGCUCCAGAAGAUUGUCGAAGAGUCUAAUCUCUAUGUACUUCAAACAAAUAUUCAAAAACCAUUGAAUCAAUGUGUAUUAGAACUAAGAAAGUUUAUAUCAGUAUUUUUGAUUAAAAUGAGUCGGCAAGAAAAUCGAGAUGAGUGGAUACGUCAAAAAUUGAUGGAAUCAGACAGCGAAAAUGAGUUCCUGUUAGAAAGCAGUGAAAAUGAAGAUCAUUUGAGUGUACGCAGUUGCGGUAGUGAUACUGAGCAGAACAUAAGCAGUGAAUAUGACAGCGAAGAUGACGUUCCGAUAUCGAGCUUGCGAAGCCAGAAUCAAAUUCUGCUUGAAGAAGAGGAAUUAGAUGCCCAGGUGAGGGAUUCGUUUUAUACAGGUAAAGAUGGCUCCAAGUGGUUCAAAAAUCCGCCUUCACGGCAAGUUCGGACGCGCUCAGAAAAUAUUAUCAGACAAACACCUGGUGUGAGCGCAGAAGCAAGAUUAGCACAGUCAGAACUUGAAUGUUGGAGCUUGUUUUGUCCCGAAAAUAUGAUUUCCAUUAUCCUGACUCACACAAAUCUACAAAUUCGAGAGAGAAAUGCUAGUCGUGAAAACCUUCCUCACUUCAUGAUAGAAUUAGAAAUGAGUGAAUUGAAGGCUUUCAUCGGUUUAUUGUAUAUUGCCGGAUUUUAUCGCUCUGGAAGGCAAAAUACUGCAGAUCUGUGGGCUUCCGAUGGUACAGGAGUCGAAAUAUUUCGGUUGACAAUGUCACGUCAACGAUUUCAUUUUAUUCAGAGCUGUCUCCGUUUUGAUGAUAAAUCUACGCGUGAAGAGAGAAAACUAUUGGACAACUUAGCUCCUAUACGUGAAAUAUUCGAGCUGUUCGUUGAGAACUGUAAGAAAUCAUACGUCUUGGGCGAAUAUGUCACCAUUGACGAAAUGUUGCUGGCAUUUAGAGGAAGGUGCAAAUUUAGACAAUACAUACCAACCAAGCCUGCAAAAUAUGGCAUAAAGGUCUUAGCAAUGGUUGACGCGCAAAAUUUUUACAUUUUCAACCUCGAAAUUUAUGCAGGAAAGCAGCCAGAAGGACCAUUUUCCGUAAACAAUAAACCUUUUGACGUAGUGAAUCGUCUAGUGCUUCCCAUUUCAAAAACUGGGCGGAAUGUUACUUUUGACAACUGGUUUACCAGUUAUGAACUUGUGUCACAUCUACUCAACGAGCACAAGCUGACUUCUGUGGGCACAGUGCGGAAAAACAAGAGAGUACUCCCGAACAAGUUCUUGAAAACGAGCGAUCGUGAUGCAGAUGUUUAUUCAUCGAAGUUCGGCUUUCAAAAAGAUAUAACUCUGGUAUCCUACAUACCAAAGAAGAAAAAAGUUGUUCUGCUCAUUUCAAGUCUCCAUCACGACGCUGAUAUUGACGAAACUACUGGAGAGAGAAAAAAACCAGAAAUAAACACAUUCUAUAACUCCACUAAAGGAGGAGUAGAUGUUGUAGAUGAGUUGUCCGCAACUUAUGAUGUAAGCCGCAACUCCAAAAAAUGGCCUCUGACUGUGUUCUAUGCAAUUUUGAAUAUGGCAGGGAUCAAUGCAAAUAUUGUAUUCAAAUGUAAUACAAAUUCAACUCAAAAACGCCGUAAUUUUAUCAAAACUUUGGGCCGUAUGAUGGUAGCCGAACAUAUGAGUGCUCGUAAAGAAAUACCUCAGUUGUCCAGCCAGCUACGUAAAAGAAUGAGAGAAUUUGGAGGAGAAUCUGCUCAGGAGACGCCUGUAAGGGUCCCAGGUGUACGAAAAAGGUGCCAAGUGUGUCCUUAUGCCAGACAUCGAAAGACGAGCAAUGUCUGUGAAGAUUGUCAUAAGUACAUUUGUCCAGAACACACAGUUUCUUUUUGCCAAGAAUGUGCUGCAAUAACUGACAAUAAUAUUGAGUAA